AUGAGGUUCGAAACACUACUCUCCUUGGCUCUGGCCACGCGAUUUGUAGUAGUCCACUCUAUCGAUCGUCAGGCAGUUGUGAGAAAAUUCAAUCCUGUUCGAUAUGGGAGUUCAAAUUCCACACCUAUGCAGGUUGGCAAUGGCAACUUUGCUUUCGGAGUUGAUGUCACUGGGCCGCAGACCUUCUACCCUUUCGGCACAUUUUCAUCGUGGGGCUGGCACAACUUUUCGUUUCCAAACGCCACAGCUCAGAACUCGCCGUCUGCCUUCACAGGCUUGGACUGGUACUGUCAUCACUUCAGAUUUCCAAAUAGUGUGGGAUUCUGGUUCGACCCCAGUCUCAAUAUCACCAAAAAGAGCCUCUCCAACAAGUCUCAGACACUGGACCUCUAUUCUGGACUCAUAACAUCCCAAUUCACGGUCCUGGGAUCAGAUGUACAGGUCCAAGUCGCCGCAGAUCCAGAUUCCGAUACUGUAUCCAUCCAAAUUGAUUCAGAACUAAUUCAAUCUGGCAAAUUUGAAGUGUUUUUCGAUUUCCCAUAUUCAGAUGUGAACAAGUUCGAUGUGCCAUUCGUUGGAAUCUGGAACUCGACUUCGAAUUCGUUGCAUAAGACCUCCCUCCAACAGAGCGAAAAUCAGGCGAAGAUUCGUCAUGAUAUUGGCUCGACGACAUACUAUACAUCAAUCAACCUCGACCUGACGGUGAACUUCUCUCCCACACCACGACGGGACUUUCCAGAUGCAGAAUCAAUGGCUGGCUCGUCUUCCGAUUGGUGGAGUGACUAUUGGAAAUCUGGAGCCUUCGCAGAUCUCACAGGAUCAGAUAACGCGAAUGCUAAGGAACUUCAACGCCGAAUCAUUCUCUCACAAUACAACCUUGCAGUGAACGAAGCCUGCAAAGACACGCCCCAAGAAUCAGGCUUGGUCAACAAUGGGUGGUAUGGGAAGUUCUACAUGGAGAUGGUCUUCUGGCAUCUAGGACAUUGGAUCGAGCUCGUUACCAGGGGUAUACGGGGGCUCGCUGGAAAGAUGAGCGACCCAACAGGAAGAUCAGUACCAGGAGAUAUCAACUCUCUUCUAAUUUGGCAGCAGCCACAUCCCUUCUACUUCGCCGAGCGUGAAUACCGACAGUUCCCAAGCCAGGGGACGCUCAAGAAAUGGCACAAGAUCUUAACACAAUCGGCAGAAUUCAUGGCUUCAUACGCAUGGUGGAACACCACAACAAAAGUCUAUGACCUCGGGCCUCCCAUGUACCCCGGCUCUGAGUCUACCAACCCGAACGUCACCAUAAAUCCAACUUUCGAGCUCGCAUACUGGCGCUUCGGACUUUCCGUAGCUACUACCUGGAAAACUCGCCAACACCUCCCUGUUCCAGCAAACUAG